GUGCGUGCGACUAGAGAGGUUUACCCUACAUCGUCUUUUAACCUACACGGAUACUUUGCAUCGACCGGUGUGCGAAUAGGAAGGACCGAAGGAGAAAACCCGCCUAAAAGAAAAUACAACUUCAAAAAAUCGAAUCAAAUCUUAUGGCCUUUCACGUUGCUUGCCCAAUUACACGCCGAAAAAUCUGUUUCUGCACGCUUGGGUUUCCGCGGAAGCUCCAGAGCGAGAAGGGUCGGAAGGAUUUCUUGGAAGAGGUUUUUAGGGUCGAGGAGUUCUUGCGCGAUCCGUGGUCGCUUAGGGCUAGAGAGAAGGACACAGUUCAGGUUUUGGUCCCUCGGAUUGUUGUGCCCACUCCAGCGGUAACUCCGGUGACUGAUGGGUUUGGAGGUGGAGAUGAAGGGGAAGAGAAUUUGUCGGCACAGUCGAAGCGGGCUGCAAUGCACAAGAGGGCAGUUGCAGCGUCUUUGGCUGCCGAGGAUUAUGCUCGGAGGUUUGAAACCGGAGAUUUGGCGGAUGCCUCUACGGAAAAAGUUUGGGAUAUCAUUGGAGAAAACCAGAAUUCUUCUACUGUCAAAGUGAUGUGUCGCUUAUGUUUUCAAGGUGAAAAUGAAGGAAGUGACAGAGCAAUGAGGAUGCUCCCAUGCAAAAUUUGCAACAAGAAGUAUCAUAGGAAUUGCCUGAAAAAUUGGGCUCAACAUAGAGAUUUAUUUCACUGGAGUUCAUGGAUCUGCCCCUCUUGCCGGAUUUGUGAGGUGUGCCGCAGAGCUGGAGAUCCAACUAAAUUCAUGUUUUGCAAAAGGUGUGACAGUGCUUACCAUUGCUACUGUCAGCAGCCUCCACACAAGAAUGUUAGUGUUGGUCCUUUUUUGUGCCCAAAACAUACAAGGUGCCACAGCUGCAGGUCCAAUGUAUCUGGAAGUGGCCCAAGCACGAGAUGGUUUCUAGGGUAUACUUUCUGUGAUGCUUGUGGCAGGUUGUUCUUGAAGGGAAACUACUGUCCCGUUUGCUUGAAGGUUUUUAGAGAUACUGAGCAAAUACCAAUGGUCUGCUGUGAUGAUUGCUCGAAAUGGGUGCAUCCGCAAUGUGAUGGCAUCAGUGAUGAAAAAUAUCUGCAGUAUCAAACAGAUACAAACCUUUAUUACAGAUGUGCUGCAUGUCGUGGGGACUGUUACAAGGUUAGCAAGCCAGAGGAAGCUAUAUCAGAACUUUGGAGGAGGAGAGAUGAAGCUGAUAGAGAGGAAAUUGCAAGCUUGAGGGCUGCUGCAGGAUUGCCAACUCAGGAGGAAAUAUUUUCAAUCUCACCAUUCUCGGAUGAUGAAGAAAAUGGUCCCAUUAUAUUAAAUGGACGUUCUUUAAGGUUUUCUGUCAAAGGAAUGGUUGAUAAAGCCCCAAAGAACACCAAAGAAUAUGGGAAGAAAAAUUCAAACAGAAAGUACAUAAAGAAAAAAGGAUACUAUACAUUGAAAACUGAAGCUCAUCAGAGUUUUGAUAGACCACUUGAUGAACAGUCACUUGAGAACAGCUUGUAUGAUGAGAGAAAUGAUCAUUUGCGCUCAUAUAUAAGUGAAGGGGCAGAAUCAUUUUUGUCUCCUAGUGCUGGAAUUCCUGUUAACACCAAAGAGAGAUGUUCUAUUAAUAAAUCAAGAAUUGUGAAGCACAAUCUUGUUGAGGAUAUUGUGGUGACAAAUGAAGAUAGAACCUCCAAAGUUGUUAAAAUUAAGAGUAGUGAACCACAUGGUUUGGGUAUAGGUGAAGGAAUUGGAAAACGAGUUUGCAAGUCAGAAACCACAAAGGGAAAGAAGCUUGUUAUACAUUUGGGUGUAAGAAACAGAAAUGUAACUACCUCUCCAAGGUCUGAAGCUUCAAGCUGUCAGAGAGAGCAGGAAUUAACAGCAUCUAAUGGUAGUGAUGAAACUAGCCAGCAGAAGGCCAAUGGUAAAAAGUAUGUGGUUGAUGGGCAUGAUGGACUAACCAGAUUAGGAGAUAGUAAAGGAGAUAAGCCUAGAGUUAGGGAAGAUAGCUUGAUAAAGUUGGGAAAAUCCAAGUCAGAUGUUUCUGACUUGAAUUCAAAUAUUAGUGGGGGGAGUAUCAGAGAGGGUUAUCAAUCUACUUAUCAGGAAAGAAGUGCUGCUGCUGUGGAGCCUGUAGGCGAAACAACCACAUUAAAGGAUGAAGAUAUCUUGCUGAGGAAGCAUUCAAGAGGUACACCUAAUAUACAUAGUGAAAGCUGCAAUAACUCCAGUCUCACACCCUCUGUUUCUGAUGCGGUACCAAAAGACCCCAAACCAUUGCUGAAACUUAAAUUUAAGAAUCCUUACAUUGAUAACCGGAGUUCCUGGGUUCCCCAUGGGGAGGAAGAGAAGACUUCUGUCAAAGGGCAGAGAUCAAAAAGGAAAAGACCAUCGCCCUUGACUGAAAAAGCCCUAGUCAGGGAAGAUGAUGAGAAUACACAAUAUCAUCAGGAAAAUCCAGUCAAUGAGGUAAUGGGUGCCAACUGGAUCUUAAAGAAGCUGGGCAAGGAUGCAAUUGGAAAAAGAGUUGAAGUUCACCAACCAUCUGAUAAUUCCUGGCGCAAGGGAGUAGUUACUGAGGUGAUGGAAGGCACAUCAUCUUUAACCGUUCAUCUAGAUGAUGGUAAAGCGAAGACCUUGGAUCUUGGGAAGCAAGGGGUUCGUUUUGUUUCUCAAAAGCAAAAGCGAACUAAAACAUGAGAUUGAACCCAUUUAUCUGUGGAUUUUAUUUAAAUGUUGAGUGAUCCAUUCCACCGGCAGAAGCAGCUCCAGCUUUGAAACCCAACAAUCAUGGCUUUUCUUUUUUGCCCACCAGCUUUUUUUUCUUGGAGUUGAUCGCCUCAUCGCCUUGGCCGGCCAUCUUGCUGAAGUGCAAUAGCUGAUUGUACAUAUAAAAAAGGGUCAUGCCGUGGAACAGUGAUUGAUUGAACAGGAGGGUCUAUACAAUUUCUUCACUCUGCGAAAGUGAUCAGCAGGCAGCAGCUUCUGAAAAUUACCUGGAAUAACUCGAAAGACGCGAGAAAUACAAUCUGACCUAUUCAGGGUCCGAGGAUGGAUUUACACAUCUUAGUGUAUUGAACUUUCUAUUUGAGAUGGGAAAAUGAAGUUGCAGAGGUAAAUGCUUUGUCAAAAUGCCUAAUACAAGUGGGGUAAGUUAUCAAUAAGGGAAUUAUGGUGAAAGAAUUUUACUGAUAACGAUAGCUACCUGUCUACCUCUCUUUAUUCUCAAAAGAUCGGAAGCUUUACAAAAUUUGCUACUAAAAGAGAGUCCAUUAACUGCUGUUUCCCCCAAUUCCCAAAUGAUAAAGUGAAUCAUCAUUUUCGCUUU